UUAUAAAGACGAGGACAAUGCAAUUUGUGCUUCUUGCUCAUCACAAAUGAGUGAAUCUAUCAUGACUAUGGCUUCCUCAACGAAUCACCGUAAAUGGAAGUAUGAUGUUUUCUUGAAUUUUAGAGGUGAGGAUACCCGUAAUAACUUCACAGGUCAUUUACAUAAUUAUUUGCUUCGUUCUGGUAUUAACAUCUUCAGAGAUAAUGAGAAGCUUAAGAAGGGUGAAGAAAUUUCUCCAGCUCUUCUCACAGCAAUCGGAGAAUCCAGAUUCUCACUUGUCAUAUUCUCUAGAAACUAUGUAUCAUCUACAUGGUGCUUGAACGAACUUGUUGAGAUUCUUCAAUCUGUGAAAUCAAAGGGUCACCUUAUGCAUCCCAUUUUUUAUGAUGUUGAUCCGUCGGACCUUCGUUACCAGAAGGGGAAUCUUGAAGCAGAGGUUGACAAACAUGAGAAAAGAUUCCAAUCUAACCUUGAAAUUGUUCAAAAAUGGAGGAAUGCUCUAACUGAAGCAGCCAAUUUGUCUGGAUGGCAUUUAGGAAAUGGGUAA